AUGGAACAGGAAUUUGAGGCCCUGGAUGCCAGCAAUGGAUGGCGCCAAGCCUACCUCGAGGUGGCCAACCAGUGCCAGGACUACCCAUGCCGCAUUGCACGGGCCUUAGGGAACAGAUUCCGCAACCGCUACCGAGACGUGAACCCCUACGACCACAGCCGGGUUCGCCUGAACAGAGACGACAACGACUACAUCAACGCCAGCUUCGUGGUGGUGGAGGAGGCCCAGCGGAGCUACAUCCUGACACAGGGGCCCAUGGCCAGCACAUGCAGCCACUUCUGGCUCAUGGUGUGGCAGCAGAACAGCAGGGCCGUGAUAAUGCUUAACCAGGUGGUGGAGAACGACUCCAUCAAGUGCUCCCAGUACUGGCCCCCCUGCCAGGGCCAGAGUCUCGUCUUUGACGAUGUCGGCAUCAGAGUUCUCACGCUGGGUGAGGAGGUACAGCCCUACCACACUGUCCACUACCUGAGGGUGGAGAACGCGAUGGAGGGAGAGACCAGGGACAUCUCCCACUUCCAGUACACCAGCUGGCCCGACUUUGGGGUGCCUGAAUCGCCUGCUUCCUUCCUUUCUUUCCUUUUCAUGGUGCGGGAGUCCGGCUCCCUCAGCUAUGAGCCAGGGCCUGCGGUUAUCCAUUGCAGCGCCGGCAUCGGGCGCUCAGGCAUCUUUGCUCUGAUUGAUGCCUGUCUGGUCCUGAUGGAGAGGAGAGAUGACCCCUUUUUCCUGAAUAUCACACAAGUAUUGGUGGGCCUGAGAAAGUACCGGAUGGGACUUAUUCAGACCCCAGAACAGCUGAGAUUCUCAUACAUGGCUGUUAUUGAAGGGGCAAAAUUCCUUAUGGGAGAUGAAAACAUCAAGAAAAAGUGGAAAGAACUUACCAAGGAAGACCAUGCUCGCAGCUACAGCUUUGACGAUUCUCCACCUCCAACUGGAAUGUUAAAUAAAACAUACAAAGAUUUCAGGGUGUUUUUAGAGGAGGAUGAAGAUGAUGACAACGAAGACGACUUCGAAGACGACUUCGAAGACGACUUCGAAGACACAGAUGAUGACACAGAUGAGGAGUCAGAUUAUUCAGAUCUAGCCACUAGAAUGCCAGAUUCCGAUGAAGAAAGUUCUGGGGUUGGUUCGAAGAAACGUCGCCGGGACGAUUGUAAAGCUAGUACCAGUGAGGAUGGGAAUGACAAAGAAACACCAACUAACACUGCAAGUAAAAGAAAAAGGCUCAAUCCACAGGACUAG